CUCCGGCGGGCAGAAGAGAGGGAGCGUGUUGUCUGUUCUCCUUUCAAAAAGGUGAAUGUCUUGCCAUCACAAACUUUUUGACCGAUGAGGAAAUCCUGUAGAUGCCGGCAGAACUUGUCACAGGCGCGCCUCGAGAGGAGCCGCGUUAUGAUGGACAAAUGAAAAGAAAGGGAUCGUAACGAUAAGAGAUAAUGAGAUAGGUAAGAGAAGAAGAAAAGGAAGAAGGAGAAGAAACAGGAGAAAAUAAACAAACGAGCAUCUGAGAAAAGCGGAGCGAGGCGACAAGAAUGUUUUGGAUUCUCAAGAGACCGAAGUUUACCGCCAACUUCUUCAGCAAUGUCAUCAACAACAACGUUUUUUAUAAAGCAUUCCAAGAGGUUAGGUGGAAUGUCCCUGGAGACUCGAGCCGGUCCACGAGCAGGGGCUACGACCGCCUCACAGCCACAGAAGAAGACGCCAACGGCAACAGUAGCCCGACCGCCACGCCACAGAGCUUCAGCCCACCUCCACGAACACCACCACGCCCACCUCGCCCACCAGCGAGAGCGCCGUGGAGCUGGCCACGCCCACCACCGACAUGGACGUGGCGUCGACGGGGUCCGCCUCCAUCGUGGAGUCGUCUUCGGACUACGACCACUACAUGAGUCAGUCGGAAUCCGAGGAAUCAGACGAUGACGACGACGAUG